UCCUGUAGCGCCCUGUCUCCUGUGGUUGUAGAGGAGGUAAAGUGGAGGAGUGGUAGUCACAGUGGGACAAUUAUAGGCAAUUCGACGUAAUACAAGUGGAGAGAGAAGUAGAAGGGAAGGGGCUGGGGUGACUGGUGAGGUUUGUUUGUUUUAAAACUAUUUGAAUGGUUUGGCCCACAUCGCUUUAGGCCUCCAACACAGCCACGUGCAGUAGGGCCAUCCCCCUGGUUUGGACCACUUCGACGUACUUAAACAAUUGCCAACAAAUUCCAGAGGAUUGUUAUGGUUGACCGUGGCAGCGGGAUCAAUACAUAAGCUAUUGUUUUUUGAUAUUGUUUUGAUAAGAAGAAGCUGCGCAGAAGCAUAUUUAUGCAAAGGGGAGGCCUUGUUUGGAGGUUUUAAUAUAACGUUAAAUUAGGGAUUUCUUUUGUUGUUUUUUUAUGGUGUGAGAGAGAAGCAACGAACGUGCAGUGCAGUACAUCGAGAUAAAAGGAGGAAACAGCACAGCAGUCUGGGAAGAGCAGGAGUUGCGUGGCGAGUACUCAGUGGUUGAUGGAGAUGAACAAUUGCACCCAUGAGAAAUCUGAGGCGGCCUUGCAGCUUAUAGAGAGCUUGACAAAAAGGGCUGAUGAGGUCCAGAAGGAUGUGUUAAUGGAGAUUUUGAGAAGGAAUACUGAGACUGAGUACUUGGGCAAGUUUCUGCACGGCCGAGUUGACAAGGUGUCGUUUAAACUGAAGGUACCUGUAGUUAACUAUGAAGACAUCAAGCCUUAUAUCCAGAGGAUAGCCAAUGGAGAUUCUUCGCCUAUCAUUUCAGCCCAACCCAUUUCGGAGCUGUUAACAAGCUCUGGAACCUCCGGUGGGCAGCCAAAGAUAAUGCCUUCAAUCCCCGAAGAGCUUGACAGAAAAACGCUCUUGUACAAUCUCCUCAUGCCCAUAAUGAGCCAAUACAUUUCUGGCCUGGACAAAGGAAAAGGCAUGUACCUUUUGUUCAUUAAGGCAGAGAUUACUACACCCUCUGGGCUCAAGGCGAGACCUGUUUUGACCAGCUACUACAAGAGCAGCAAUUUUAGAAACCGACCUUAUGACAAAUUCAAUGUCAACACAAGCCCAGACGAGACAAUCCUAUGCCCAGACAGCAGGCAGAGCAUGUUCUGCCAGUUACUCUGUGGACUAAUACAGAAGGAUGAAGUGCUGCGAGUAGGGGCAGUUUUUGCCUCUGCAUUUCUGAGGGCAAUCAAGUUUCUAGAAGAAUACUGGGCAGAGCUCUGUGACAACAUAAGAAGUGGGCAUCUGAGCGAAUGGAUCGAUGAUCCUCCCUGCAGAAAGUCUGUCAUGAGGCUGCUCACUGCCAAUCCUCGCCUUGCAGAUUCCAUAGCAGAGGAAUGCAGGAAGCAAUCAUGGCAGGGGAUAAUUACUCGCCUGUGGACUAAAACAAUCUAUAUUGACGUAAUUGUGACAGGGUCUAUGGCACAGUACAUUCCAACACUGGAUUACUACAGUGGAGGACUGCCCCUAGUUUGUACCAUGUAUGCCUCCUCUGAAUGCUAUUUUGGUGUGAAUCUGAAGCCUCUGAGUAAGCCCUCUGAAGUGUCUUACACAUUGCUGCCCAACAUGGCCUACUUUGAAUUCCUUCCUGUGCACAAGCAGAAUGGUACAGAUGACCUAGAUUUGCAUGAUUCCAACGGGACAGAGAAUGGGAAAAUACGAGAGGAUGAGCUGGUUGAUCUGGUGGAUGUGAAAGUUGGUCAUUUCUAUGAACUGGUUGUGACUACCUAUUCGGGUUUAUAUAGAUACCGAGUGGGUGACAUUCUAUUUGUUACUGGAUUCUACAACAAAGCCCCCCAGUUCCAGUUUGUUUACAGAAGAAAUGUGGUGCUGAGCAUUGACACAGACAAAACCAAUGAAGAAGAUCUGCUCAAGGCUGUGACCAAUGCCAAGAAAUUGCUGGAGCAAUAUGAUUCUCUGCUCUCUGAAUACACAAGCUAUGCUGACACAUCAACAAUACCCGGGCAUUAUGUUCUGUAUUGGGAGCUCAUUACAAGGGAGCCCAUGGAAGCAUCUGUAUUGGAAAAUUGUUGCUCAGUCAUAGAGGAAUCUCUGGAUUCAGUGUACAGGCGGUGCAGAAGCAAAGAUAAAUCAAUUGGGCCUCUUGAAAUAAGGCUUGUGGAGCUUGGAACAUUUGAUUUGCUGAUGGAUUACUGUCUGAGCCAAGGCUCCUCUGUCAACCAGUACAAAACUCCCAGGUGUAUCAAAUCACAGCAGACUCUGAAUCUCUUAAAUUCAAGAGUCACGGCCACUUACUGGAGUCAACGUUGUCCCUCAUGGACACCUUACAGGCCGGAUUUGAAGGCACGUUGCCAGCCCAAUUAAUUAAUUGAAUGGUCCCCAACGGGAGACUUUUAUCUACACUAUGAUCAUAUUCUUUGCUGCCAGACAUUAAUUUCAGAGACACCUAUCAGAUCAAAAUCAUUAUAAUUGUCUGGUGUACAUACAUAUGUAACAUAAUUCCUCUCUAAGACCUGAAUUCAACGUGCAACAACCCUAAUGGUUGAGCACCUAGAAUUCAUUCAUACUUAAUCUUUUCACAUGGAUGGAAAAAAACUUUCAAUCCACUGGACCCAAUUGAAAACUUUUUGUUUCCAUAAUCCAUGCACUGAGGGGUUAAUUUUAAUUUUAUUGUUUUAUGUAAAUGUUCUGCUAUCAAGAAAUCCCAAGGAUUUUACAGAAGAAAACUUAGCAUUUUGUCCUGGUGUGGAAUUGAAUGGCACUUAUCUGUUCAGGAGCCUUUAAUGAAAAAUCUGAGAUCUGUUUUGUUGUCGUUAUGUACUAGAGAUGUGGAGAUGUUCCCAACUCCAAGCAAUAAAAAUAUGUUUCAUCUUGAAUGCU